AUGGGUUGGACAUUCAACACCAAAGAUCCCAAUGCCCGCACUGCCGGGCCUUUGAUCACGGGUGUCGCUUGCGCCCUGACUUUCAUUUCGCUCGUUACCGUCUGCCUUCGUACCUACGUCCGGGCGGCCAUGGUCAAGGCCUUUGGUAUAGAUGAUUUCAUCAUUGUGGUAACAUGGAUUUGCGCCGCUGGAUUCGCCAUCGUCUCGAUCGCCCAGACUAGAUGGGGUCUCGGAUUGUACCAUAUCAAUGACCUGCCAGAAGAGAACAUUCACAACUUUGGCCUUUUACAAUACAUGGGCGCGCCAUUCUACAUAACGAGCAUCUUGGGCUUCAAAAUUACCCUCCUCGUGUCAUAUCUCCGAUUUAUCCCAAAAGGCCUCUACCGUCGCACGACUAUUGGCGUCAUUGUAGCAUGCGUCUUGUUCCAUCUAUCAUUCCUUCUGGUUCAGAUCAACCUCUGCCAGCCUGCCAGCAAGCAAUGGGACCGGACCAUCACAGACGGUUCAUGCCUUCCGGGUGUUCCAUUCUACACGGCAAUGGCAUCCAUCACCAUAGUAUUCGACGUAAUAGUCAUGCUCCUCCCCUUCCCUAUGCUCCUCAAGCUCCAGAUGAAGACGCGGAAGAAGAUCGUGCUGCUCGGCCUCUUUGGGCUAGGCUUAUUCAUCACCAUCAUACAAAUCAUCCGCAUCCAGACGGUCAAGAGAUUAUCCAACUAUAUCGACUCGGCCCCGCUCAUCCUCUGGUCCGCCGUCGAGAACAACCUCGGCAUCACUGUCGCCAACGUGCCCACCCUGGCGCCCCUGGUCAAGUAUUACAACGAGCGAUCUCGCUACGGGAGCCGCGGGAGGAGCGGGCGCACGGGAUACACCGUCGACGUGGAAUCGCGGCACACCAUGCAGACAUGGAAGUCCGGCCGGACGCCUAUGUCAAGGGUCUCCCGCCUCUCCAGGGUGCUGGAGAGUAGAAGCGUGCACGAAGUGGCCAAUGCUGGCAGCUUUGAGACCCGGGCGGUCAGCAGGGCAAACGAUAGCACUGAGUCGAUUAUGGGUAAUAGCGAUAGGGCUAAUGAUAGCCCGCCGCCUGGCAUCGUCAAGAAGGUGGAAGUCUUGGUUACUAGGAGUUGA